AGAAAAUGCGUAAAGUAUGUCAAACAUGAAUAAUAAUGCAAAUAAAAAGCAUAGUUAUGAGAGAAAAUCGUCGCGUGUGACGCCAAAAAUACGAGAAUAUCUUGCUGAGAUUGCAAAUGAGCGAGAAGUGGAUUUGGAGCGUUUUAUGGUAUUGUCAUCAUCAUCGCCAGCGAGCAGCGGCGUCAGCGUCGGCGCGCAGAGUUCUAACAACGAGGCGACAGUAGCAGCAGCAACAACAACAAUGCGCAGUAGCAGCAGCCGCUGUCGCAGUCGCAGUCGCGUCAGUGGCUUGGGAGUGGGGGUAACAACAACAGCUGUCGCUGUAAAGAAGAACGCAGCUAAAGAAGAGGUGAAAAUAACAGAUAUACCCAUUGUUAUGGUAGUGGAAACUGAAUGUAAGGAGCUGCCACCAAAAGCCAGCUCUGUGGAGGAUUUGCGCACACCAACCAAAUGCACAAAAACGGAUGCGGAAACGGAAACGGAAAUGGCGACGCCACAAAUGCAAACGCGCAAAACUCAAACGCCAGAAUCGGCAUUAAGAUCACAUAAACGGCUGGAAUGGGAUCCCGCUGCAGAUGUGGGCUAUCAGCGCUGUGAGCGCGCCGUGUCCACGAGUAAUAUAAGCACCUUGGAACGCUCCGUGCUGGAGGCAGCGACACUGCAGCGACCCAAUCAAUCCGAGUCGGAUUUGAAUCGCUUAAAGACAGCGACAACAUUAGCGGGAACAGCGCCACCUUUGGCCUCCAGCACUUUGGUGCAUCGCAGUGGUGGCUGCAGUCAGGCACAGGUGACACCAGUGCCCAGAUCCACGCCGCUGGCCAGCACCAAUCCCAGUUCACGGCGCGAAUCCUGCUUGACAUCGGCAGCAAGCAGCUUUGAUUAUCAACACAAUUCAAGACCCUCGACUGCUGGCAACUCCCACUCCCACUCCAAUACCACGACAAGCAGUCGGCAUAGUCUGUGUGCCGAGGAGCUGCUGCGUCACAUGGAACAGCAGCGUCAGGAGCGGGAAUAUAGCGCACAAUUGGAGCAGGUUCUAAGCAGACGACGCCAAGUCUACAACAAAGAGAAUCAACAGCCAAAAAAGCAGAGCAAAAACAAGAGCAACAAUUCGAACAACAAUUCCGUCUCCCUUUCCGCCUCCACUGCCUCCUCCUCGAGCUGUGCCAUGGCCAAAAAUGAUGUGGAUCUGGGCAUUGAUCUGCUCUGUUCGCUGGUGAACAAGCGCAGUCUCAGCAACAGCCAGAAGAAGCAGCUGGCCAAGGAUAUUAUCAAGCGUCUGGUUGGAUUUGAACUAAUCUCCAGCAGAAGCAGCACCAGAAACAACACUGGGAACAGCGCCAGGAACAACACUGCGAACAGAAACAGCAGCAGCAGCCAGCUCAAGGAGCAAUCCCAGCAAACGGAACAGAUGUGUCCAACUCGGGGGAAGGACAUUGCCACCAAUACCAGUCGAAGAUCUAGCCUAAUCCUGCCCAGAUCGCCGCCGGAGCAACUGCAUUUAGCUGUUCCUGUGCCUGCGCCCAGAACACGCCUGGCUGCCACGCCCACCGAGUCGAGUCCAGUGCAAGUCAGCUGCAGUUACUCCUCCACAAGCAGUGGCGCCUCCAAUGACCUGGUUACCCAGAAAACCAAUCCUCCAGCUGCCAAAUCCAAAUCAACGGACGCUGCCGAACAGUUGGCCAUGCAGGAGUAUCUGAAUCCCAUGACCCAAAGCGAGAUUGAGUACGAGGAGAAGCGACAACGACAACAACGUGACAAUCUCUCCAUGGAGCGACGCACACAGAUCGAUUGGAUUGAUGCGGAGAUUCGACGUCUGUGUGCAUUGCAAAAUCUACUGCGUCGCAGUGGUCGAGGAGACUUAGCCUCGGAUGAGACGCUGCAUCAAUGGAAGGAUCAAAGAAAGCCGGAGCAGCACGUGGAGGCGGAGCAGGAGGUGCAGCCCGAAGUUGGGCAGAGAUUGCCGGCGACUGGAGGACGUCCUGCACCGCCAGCACCACCAGUGACGCCAGUGUUUAUGCCAGGAGAAGGUAGGCAAGCAGGAGGAGAAGCCGAAGAUGGAGCAAAUGGAGAAAAUGCUGAAGGACGAUCAGGUGCAACAGGAGUGUCAUCAGGAGCAGGAGUAACUUCAUCAGGAGCAUCUUCGGGAGCAGGAGCACCAUCGGGAGCAUCCUCAGGAGCAGGAACAGCAACAGGAGGAGCAACAACAGCACCUUUAGGAGUAGGAGCAGCAACAAGAGCAGAAGGAGUUUCUUCAGGAGCAAACUCAAGAGCAGAAGCACCAUCCGGGGCUUCAUCUGGUGCAGGAGCACCUACAUCAGGCUCAUCUUCAGGAGCAUCGCCACUGCAGCCACCAGCACUGCCAGCAACAGUCACAGCAGCAACAGCAACUGUUGCUCCUGCUGUUCGACUGCGCAGCAAAAUGGCAACGCCGGCUUUGAGUCACUCGGGGAGCAGCGAGAGCGUCUGUUCCUUUGUCCAGCAGCGACAGCGUCAGUUUCUGGCCCAUUAUCAGAAUCAGCAGCAACAGCGACUCGAGCAGCAGCAACAGCUCUUCAUGUUGCAGCAGCAACAGCAACUUAUUCAUCGUCAGCAACAGCAGCAGCAACAACAACAUCUACAUGCAGCAUGCCACAUUUCACAACGACAACAACAUUGUCAUCACCAUCACGAGCAACAACAACAACAACAACAACACCAACAUUAUGUACAAAUGCAGUAUGCUCAGGCUGUGGGCAAUGCAUAUAGUUGCCUGGAUGAUGGCGCCGUUUAUUACCAUGUCUUGAACUCUCAAGAUGUCAAAGGUGUUGCAACAGCGGCAACAACAGUUGCAACUGCCGCAGCAGCAGCAGCAACAGCCGUGGCAACAACAGCAACAGUGGCAACUGCUGCUGCUGCUGUUGGAGUGACGUGCAACAGUUGCAACACGGGCAGCAACAUGAGUUCAUCAUCGUUGUUGUGCCUCAGCUCGGAGAUGUCCAUACCAAUGGGUGGCAUGUUGAAUGCUUGUGAGGCAACAACCACAACAACAACGACAACAACAACACAUCAAUACGAUGAUGUGGCAUGCCAGCAAUUGCAGUUGCAAAUGCAACAACAACGUCGUCGACGAUAUCCAGUCAAACAACCAAUGCACUUGCAACAACAAAUGUUGCAAGUGCGUCCAAGUGGCAUUGCGUAUGUGUUGCAAUUUGCCAGCAACAACGAUUAUGUUGGCCAAGUGUUGCACGCAUCUAUGACGGUGCAGGAUUACUUGCAACGCGCCCGUCCACAAUUCUGUGCCCAGUCGAAACAACGCAAGGCGAUCCUCAAUCAAAUGCAACUCCUUCGCAAUGCUCGGCGUCGCGAACUCGACGAACUCAUCGAGGGCAACAGCCUCGAGACGAUCGACAGACGCCUGCAACAGCUGCCACCGCCGGUCACCUCAAAAGUGCGCAUCUUUUCGACCAAGGAGAUGAAGGCGUUGACCAACAAACGUUGUGAGAAUUUGCCGGAGGUGCUCGCUGCCCAGAAUCGGGAGAAGGAGGAGCGACGUCGUCGCAGCAAUCGUAUAAUGCGUGAUGUCUUCAACAAGCGUCUGCAGCGUCGCGUUCGCAGUGGAAAAUUGUCGUUAAAUCACAGUCGCACCGUCAUCUAAGACUUCAAUUUGAUUCUGCCACAUGCAACAUGCGACAUCUUUGAUCAUUUCUGACACAACAAAUUAGUUAUAAUUCUCUAUAUGCUUUGUAGACUCAAUCUUCAUACCGGAAUCGUUUUAUUUAACGAUAAACAUAUAUUUCAAUUUUGACUAUAUAAUUUUUUUUGUGUGUUUCCAGACAA